AUGCGUGAAGAGGUCAGAGCGCUCCAGGACAACGGCGUCUGGCGUGCGGCAAAGAGAAGUGAGAUUAUUAAUCCGCUGCACUCAAAAUUAGUCGAAAAGACUAAGACUGGUGCUGAUGACGAGAUGGAGCAACGCAAGUACCGUCUCGUUGCGUGCGUCAAAGAACAGGUGCUGGAGGUGGCCUACAACAUUACCUUCGUAGCGGCGAUGAAUAUGACCGCAGUCAAGGUCGUGCUGGCGCUUGCUGAAACCUGGGGCGUCCCAGUCAAAUACGGCAACAUCACGAACGCGUAUGUAAUGGUGGACAAGGAAGUGCACCUUGACAUCUGCUUGCCUGUGUUAAGGUGGGACGGACGUGUUAGGCAACACACUGCCCGAUCUCGGCGCCGAUAG